AUGAGAGUCGAGGGCGGAGAGAGCCAAGCUAGCGCCGAGGGGUCAGUUGAUGGUAUAAGCUUUGGGUUGGGUCUCAUGACAGAAGAGAUUUGGGAAGUGGAUCGACUAAAUUUGCUCAAGCACUGUAGCGGUGUAGCCAGUGAAGUCUUUCCGCAGGGUGGCAUUUACUUCGGUGUGGGUUCAGUCAUCAGACUAGUCCUCAGGCCUCUGUCAAGCGUGAGGGUAAACAAGGACGUUAACAUUGACCUGAGCGGUAUUUUGCGGUGCCAUACGUACAGCCAAAAGCCGAAUAACCACGAACCCAUCCAUCGUCCGCCAAUCUACUUCAGCCAGACCGUGCGACUUGUUGCCGCUGCAGGUGGUUCUUGCAAACCGCAAACAUCGAAAUGUACUGACGGACAGUGUGCAGCAUCAGAGGCGAAUCGAAGUUACAUUGCCGGAAACGAUUUCAUAAUCUACUGUGAUCAAGUUCCAGAUGUGGCUGUGGACUACCAAACCCAUUCGGCCUGCUUCCGCGCCCUUGACAGCGCUCCAGGCAAAUGGAAGGGUGUCAUUUUUUUUCGUCCCGAUGUCUCCGUGGUUUUGCUCCACCGAAUGCGAUUCAUGGGUAUCAAUCGACCGACCACACUUUCUGCACUGGAACUCCCACCCCGAGACACGUCCAAUGGUAUCGGUCCCCUGGACGAUUGUACCUCCGGGAUUUCAACCAUCUUCAACAGGUUCACGUUGUACUACCUACCAGGUUCGACAGUGGCACUGUAA